CGAUGAGGUGUCUCUAUUCCAUAGCUUGAUAGAAACAGCUACAUUAAUCAGUAUUCAUUGUUCAAUUUGCAAUACAUAGAGAUUUUAAUAUUAUUUCACAAGAUAUUCAUCACAUAUUGCUGGAUACUGAAAGAAAGGAUGUGAAGUGCACUCAGGAACAAAAAUGAAUUCAGCCAAUGGACAUGGAGAAUACAGCUUUUAAAAAAUGUCUUGAGGAAUUUUUCAAACACGGUUUCCAUUUUACGGGGCAUAACGACAGAGUGAAAUGCUACAUGUGUGAUAAAACAGUAGAAAAUUGGGGAGAUUUUUUCGAAUCACUACAAAUUACUAAAUUGCACAGAACAAUCUGUCCUCUUGCAGAUAGUAGUCACCUCCAUAUUUCACAAACAGAGCGAGAAUGUCGUCAAACAUCCAGAGGUGGGGUAGGUGAAAACAGAUCUUGCGAGACAAUAGUUCCAAUACCUAGUCAAGCGGGGUCUGAGAGCUUUCGAACAAACAUAAUUCAAUUGAGUCAAAUCCAGUCAGUUACUGGAGAAACAGAAAAAUCACUUGGGAUCCCCAAUCCAAGCCAACACCCAGAGAAUCAACCGUCAAUCAAUCAUAAUUACAUCAAUAGUCAGAUAUACCAUGGUGCUACAUGUGGUAAAAACAUCACCCAGGGACAAUCUACUUUUCACUCCAGUGAAAAAGAUUGCAAGAACAACUUAAGACAAGUUCUAGAUUCUGGUAAAGCUGAUAUUGAAGGGAGAUCCAGACAGAUCCCCACAGGAAACACAACACAACCUGGCGAUGAUCCAGAUUCAGGCCUGGAAUGCAAUGAUAUCAGCCAGAGUGGGUCUCAGUCUGACACGGACCAAUCAGACAUAAGUGAAGUGAGCAAUGAUUCUUUUUUAUUCAGUGAAAGACAGAUUUCUUCAUUUCGAGGUGGACAGGAAAUUCAAGAACGACAAUUAAAAGCAAAAAGAAGCAAAUUUGUUGAUGAUGGUCAUCAGGUUGUAAGAGAAUAUGAUUACGGUGCUACCGCAACGAGCAAACAUCAAUAUCAUAAGAGAUCAAAACUUUCAGGUCUUGAAACAAGCUCCAGCUCAAUUUUUCUCCAGUAUCCAGAAAAAAUGGCUGAUACUUCACCCAAACACAAGCUUCUACUCAACGGACUAGAUUUGCGGAAAGAGAAAGACAGACUUAAAUCCUUCAAAAAAUGGCCUAUAGAGUCAGAAGUUACUCCGGCAUCAUUGUCUCGAAAUGGAUUCUUUUUUCUCGGAGAUAUGGACAGAACGCAAUGCUUUUGUUGUUGUGUAGUCCUGCGAGAUUGGACAGCUGGGGAUGACCCUGUGAUUAAACAUCAAAACAAAUGUCCAGACUGUAGAAUGGUGCAACAAAAAGAAAGUCAAAACAUACCUAAAGUAAAACCUCGGAAUCCUGACAUGGUGAAUGAAUAUGACAGAUUAAAAACUUUUGAUCUAUGGCCAAAGAGUAUUGCAGUGACCCCUACUGAACUAGCCAACGCUGGAUUUUAUUUUCUUGGUUGUGAUGAUCGGGUAAAAUGUUUCUACUGUAACGGAGUAUUCCAAAACUGGGAAGUUGGUGAUAUACCAUGGUGUGAGCAUGCAAAAUGGUUUCCGAACUGUGAAUUUCUCAUACAAACCAAAGGACAAAAAUUUGUCAAUGAGUUUAAAGUAGAAAGGGCUCAGACGACAGGUGGUCCAGGGCCACUGGAUAAGCAAAAAGAGAAACCAGAGAAAAAGAUCCUGGGUGAAAGUGUUGCAAUGGAAUUGGUUGAGCUACAAAAAGAAAGGAUGUGUAAAAUAUGUUCCAAAGAAUCAGCAGACAUGAAAUUUAUGCCCUGCAUGCACAUAUGCUGUUGUCGCUUCUGCACACCAGUCAGAAUGUGUCCGUUAUGUGGAUCUGUGAUUCAGAGUGCGGUUUUGUGCAUGUGCAAAUAACACUACAGAAGUCUGAGACAUCACCACCUUGAAAAUUGUCCGGGCAUGGCUGCAGAAAAUUUAGAAAGUCAACAAUGAAAGACUGAACAAGAACAAGUGAUUAGACGUGGCUGCUGCAGAUGACUUUUUGAUGAGUGUGAUGAGUGAUCUACAGGCUUCUAUACAAACUUUUUUGCACAGUUGUCAAUUUUACCUAUCUGUAUUUAUUAUAUUUUAGUAUUUUAUUGAUUAAUCUAUUUAUUCUCUUUGCCCGGUUUGAACUUUUUUUACCUAUGUUAGUGAUUUGAUAUAAACAGAGAACUGGAACAUUGGG